GAUUUGCGUUUCUGAUGUUGUGCUGCCACCUUCUGCACUGGAGCUAACGUUAUAGUCUGCAAAACAACAACACCGCUUCGCCAAUAGGAAGUAACUACGCUAGAUCUUCGUGUUCAAAUACAGUCAACGGAACAACAACAAAAACAAGCAGAGCGAUUUGCUGAACCUUUGUCAUCGGUCAAAGGUCAUGAGAUGCCCCUGACCCACAAGGUCCAUUUCUGAAUGCGGUACUUCCAUAGGCAUCGGAGAAUUGGGAACCAGAGAGAAGGCCCUCCAUCAAUGAGCUUCUAUUUGACCUUGAGAUCCAAACAGGAGACCUCAUAUCUGAAGGUGUGAGCGUGGGAGGUGAGAUGGAGUCACAUGAGCGAGGAGGACGCACUUUGGUGCAGGUGAUCAGUGAGAAGUACAGCCCUGACAAUUUCCCAUACUGCCGUGGGUCAGGGGUUGGAGUAGUGAUCCGGUCGAGUCCUCAGGGUUCACCUGUCAAAGAUCGUCUAAAUCUGCCCAGAAUUCUGGUCCUGGAUGGUUGUGGAAUCACGCAGGCUGGAGAUGAGGAGGAGGUGGCCGCCUUCUGUUCUCACGUGGUUGAGCUGGACCUCUCUCACAACCAGCUGAAAGACUGGGGAGAGAUAAGUAAGAUCCUGUCUAAUAUCCCUAACCUGGACUUUCUCAAUCUGAGUAUGAAUCCACUGAGAGGGUCGUGUCUGGAAGCUGGAGCAGCUGAAGCGUUCUCGGGCCUCCGCCGCCUCGUCCUCACUAACACACACGUCACCUGGAACAUGGUGCAUACGCUUACACGAGAGACCCCAGAGUAA